UUUCGUUUUUGUUCUUGUGCCUAGUGCCAUCUUUACUUUCUCCCCACUCUUGCAAGGAGACCGAGGAAAAGCCCUAACCAAGGACAAAACGAAGAAGAAGGAAUCGAAACGUUUCGAUCAUGAGUCGCGGCAGUGGAGGUGGAUACGAUCGUCACAUCACGAUCUUCUCUCCGGAAGGUCGUCUUUUCCAAGUCGAGUAUGCUUUUAAGGCCGUUAAGGCAGCGGGGAUCACCUCAAUAGGUGUGAAGGGGAAGGAUUCAGUCUGUGUUGUGACUCAGAAGAAGGUCCCGGACAAACUUUUGGAUCAAACAAGCGUAACACACCUUUUCCCUAUUACUAAGUACCUUGGCUUACUAGCAACUGGCAUGACAGCUGAUGCAAGGACCCUGGUCCAACAAGCCAGAAAUGAAGCAGCUGAGUUUCGCUUCAGAUAUGGCUAUGAAAUGCCUGUGGACGUAUUGGCUAAAUGGAUUGCAGACAAAUCACAAGUCUAUACGCAGCAUGCUUAUAUGCGACCGCUUGGAGUAGUUGCGAUGGUUUUGGGUAUUGAUGAUGAGUUUGGACCUCGACUAUACAAGUGUGACCCAGCUGGUCAUUUCUUCGGACACAAGGCCACAAGUGCUGGAUUGAAAGAACAGGAGGCUAUUAAUUUUCUGGAGAAGAAAAUGAAGAAUGACCCCGCAUUUACUUAUGAGGAGACUGUGCAGACUGCAAUUUCUGCCUUGCAAUCGGUUCUACAGGAAGAUUUCAAGGCCAAUGAGAUUGAGGUCGGGGUUGUGAGGCAGGACAAUCCGGUGUUUAGAGUGUUGUCCACAGAGGAAAUUGACGAGCACUUGACUGCUAUAAGCGAGCGUGAUUGAGUCGUCACAUAUCUCCAUACUCAUUGGAGGACAACUUGGAAUGUGAUACAAUCAUACAAUGCUUCGAUGCGUUUAUUUUUAUUUUUUCUCAUGUUUCCGAAGUUGUUUUCAACUGUUAAUGGAUUUCUUAGAGCUAGUUGCUGGGAUAAUCUAUUUUGCUCUCGUUACUUUAAUUUAGCAGGAUCUAAAUUUACAUCGACACUGGAUGCUUCUAUCAUCCAUAAUCAAUAUCUAUGAUCUCAUGAUAUAAA